AUGGCCGAGGCGGAGGGCAGCAGCAUCCACACGCAGCACGUCGCGGCCGUGCACGACGUGCCCAUGCACGUCCUCAUCCGGCCCAUCCCCGCCGCGCUGGAGCCCGGCAAGGUGCAGAGCCUGGUGCGGACGCUGCAGGAGGAUCCGUCCCGCGUGCCCCCCAUCGACGUGCUCUGGAUUAAGGGCAGCGAGGGCGGCGACUACUUCUACUCCUUCGGGGGCUGCCACCGCUACGCGGCCCACCGGGAGCUGCGGCGGGAGACCAUCCGCGCCAAGAUCCUGCCCUCCACCCUCAGCGACCUCCGCACCUACCUGGGGGCCUCCACUCCCGACCUGCGCUAGCGCC